CGCUAUUAAAAAUGUCAAAGCCAUUCGGGCCUUCGGUAAAAAUCAAAUCCAAAAACGACGAUGAGCUUCACUGUAUCUCUCGCCCCUUCUUUGGCGUCUCCUCCGUUACUCCUCCCUCCCCACGAUCUUCCUCCUUUCUUCUUCCUCAGAAACACAGUCCUGAAACCAACAAUCGCCACUCGUACACGUCACCGAUUGUUAGCAUCCUCUUGUCUGGCUGCAAAAGCAGCCACGUCGCCGUCAGAGACAGCCAACGACGUUGUCCUCGAAACAACUCCGACGCCAGCGCAUGAGGUCGUCUCCAGCUUCUACGCAGCUAUCAACGUCCAUGACUUAUCCUCCGUCACAGACCUCAUCGCUCAGGAUUGCGUCUACGAGGAUCUCGUCUUCUCUUCCCCUUUCGUUGGCCGAACGGCGAUUCUAGACUUCUUCGGGAAGUUCAUCGAAGCAACGAGUACGGAUCUUCAGUUCGUGAUAGAUGACAUUUCGAAAGAGGACACGUCAGCUGUUGGAGUUUCAUGGCAUUUAGAAUGGAAAGGCAAGAACUUCCCGUUUAGUAAAGGUUGCAGCUUGUACAAGCUGGAAGUUAUUGAUGGCAAGCGACAGAUUGUAUAUGGAAGGGACUGCGUUGAGCCUGCAAUCAAACCUGGAGACACAGUUCUGGCUGCUAUAAAAGGAGUUACCUGGCUGCUGCAGAAAUUUCCUCAACUGGCUGACCAGUUUUGAAGUAAUUACAAAGCUCCUGCUUGAUAAAGUAAAUCACCAUGUGGUAUAUAGGAAUAAUACUUACCCAAGCAAGCCCCACCCUUGUCCAAAUUGUGUUUAUGGCAGCAAAAAUUAGUCGCGAUGUGUAUACAUAUUGUUUUCGGUCUGAUAAUAUAUGGAAUAUGUGUUAUUAAGUAAAGAUUCACGAGGGUCACCUUCAUCCUA